AUGAUUAUCUGAGGUUCGAGGAGGGGAGCGAGGCUUAUCACAGAUGUGAAAAGUUUCGUCGUAUGGAGAUCGGCGGCCACUGUGCCCUCGAUUGGGGUGCUCUAGAAGAGGUCGCGGAGGCGGCGAGAGCCCGAGGGCUCAUCGGAGACGAUACUCCAUGGUCGAGGUUGUUCGAUAUGGCAUACACGCCGUCUUACAGGGUCAUGGCGUGUGAGUUUUUGUCGAGUUUCGACUAUGCUCCCAGGCCUGCAGACCGUCCAGAGGAGGAUGACGAUGAGGACGACCCGUUGAUAGAGGUUAGCUUUCGUCUAGCGGGGCAGUGGCAUUUGAUGUCACUCAGACAGUUUGCCGAGCACUCCGGCCUUUACAGGGUGGAGGAGUUAGACACCCCCAUCUACACCGACGGCAUAUGGAUGCCCCCCCGUACGACUCUGAUGCGGUUCUGGCAGGUGAUCAGCCAGCAUCGCUUCGGCACGACGUCGAAGCAGAGGGCUUCCUAUAUCACUGAUCCCCUCUACCGCUACCUGCACAAGCUUAUUGCCACAUCUAUAACACCACGCGAGCAGAGUCGCGAGUGGUGCACUCAGGGGGAUCUCUUUCACCUGUACUGCCUUAUAUGGGGGGAGUGGUGCGCCCUCCAUCGCUGCCUAGCCAGUGGUUCGCGACGGCGUUCCACAGGCAGGACAGGAGGGAACGGGCAGGUCUUCGAGCCCGUCGCUCUCCCAAACGAGCUACCGGAGUUGCUUCCGGAGCCGGCACAGGGUGAGGGUCAGCUGGCGGAUGGUGAUGCCGUAGAGGGCGACGUCGGCGAUGACGACGAUGGUGACCACGUUGAGCCACCACCAUCUCCCCCGCCGGUUCCAUUUCCGUUAGGUGCUCUGGCACAGCAGGCGCAGCCACAUGGGGUGCCUCAGUACCCCCAGCACGUAUUCAACGACGAGCUCGAUCCAGCUGUGGCACGUGCGUUGGCUGAGUUGGAGGACCGGAUGCGGGCGCGGAUGGAGGCCGUUCACGGCCGUAUGGAGCGUCUUCUCAUGGAGGCGAUCCAGGCAUUCCGGCGUGGUGAGCAGUCCGGUUCGGAUCAAGGGGCGGGGACCUCAGGCACUGUGGGGGCGGGGCCCUCAGGCACCACUCAGGAUCCACCGCUUUAG